AUGAACAACGCGGUUCAGUUAUGGGACGGACAUCUUUCUGUGAUCACAAGGCCUGUUCCUCAUGUUCAAAACCCGACCGACGUUGUCGUUAAAAUCACAUACUCGGCGGUUUGUGGUACAGAUCUGAAGAUCCUGGAAGGCAAGUUUCCUUGUGAGAAAUCCGUUAUUAUGGGGCAUGAAUUUGUUGGCGUCGUCAAAGAAGCUGGAAGUGAAGUUAAAAAUGUGUCUGUUGGUGAUCGGUAAGUGUCCUAUACUCAUUGAUUACUUAAAAGCUCACAGCAAUCGUGAUACAGUCGAUACCCGAUAACUCAAACUCAUAACUCGAACUCGAAAAAAGUUCCAGUUAUCCAUAUCGCUCUGGAGCUUGGAGCAAAUACCCAGAAAUAAGGAAAUGAGAUGUGGAAGGAAUGCAAGCAUCAUGCACACUUCACUUCAAGGGUAGCAAGAGAUAUAUUGAUAUUUUUUUAAAAGGAAUAUAAAGAACACAUAGUUGUUUUGAUAAAUGGGUCAAUUUAGGUUACCCAUUUACCCCUUCCUUAAGCCAACAUUUUGCCUUAAAUGAGAUAGGGGAGGGCUAGGCAGGCAGUUUUCCAGAAACCUAAUAAAGGGGCAGUGUAACAUGCAGACUGUGGACUGACUGGGACUAUUGCUUUUAGGGUUAGAAAACAAUGACUGUUGUUGUCACCUACUCAUUUGCAUGGUGAAAACACUAGUCCAAAGUCUGUGUUUUACACUGACCACCUGAUAAAUUGGAUCAAUAAAUUCAAUGGUUCAGACUGCAGUACAAUUUUCUUUUGACUUGUCAUGCGCUUAAACAAGGUUUGAGUUAUUGAGGGUAAAAUUAUAUAGAAAAUAAUGAUCUGUAGGGAAACAAAUAUUACUUCGAGUUAGCAGGAGGUUUGAGUUAUCGAGGGUUCGAGAAAUCGAGAGUAAAAUGACUGACAGUAAAUGCAUGGAUGAAAUCAAGGGGAAAUUCUGCGAUUUCAAAAUGGAAGUAAUAAUGGAAGUAAUAAAGUGGUAAUUGAACUUGUGAUUUCAAAUGGAACUCACGCUGUGCGCUCGUUCGAUUUUGAAAUCACGUGUAUAAUUUCAGACCAAAUUGCAGUCCACUCAGUUCAAUUACCAUUAUAAACAUGUCCAAUUUAGUCACACAAGCAUUGAUUUACAAUGGUAAUUGAACUGAGUGGAGUGCAAUUUGGUCUGAAAUCAUACACGUGAUUUCAAAAUCGCAGACCAAAAUUGCACGAAACGAAGUUCAAUUACCACUUUAUUACUUCCAUUUUGAAAUCGCAGAAUUUAGUCAUGACUAAUAUUUUAUUGACCAAGUAGCCAGUUUGAAAUCACUGGCUAUGCAUGCAAUCUGAUUGGCUCUCAGCGGUGUGAUUUAUUCCUAAGUCGCACCAUUUUUUGCUCUAAAUCGCAUCUGUUCCAAAUUGCGUCAUUCAUGUUCUAAAUCGCAUCAUUUCUGUUUCAAAUCGCACCAUUUUUGUUCCAUAUCGCAUCAUUUCUGUUUGGAAUACAAAAUGAGAUGUAAAAGCCUUUUUGUUUCAGCGUAUGAUUUCAGACCAAAUUGCACUAAGAAAAAAAACAUGGAGUAGUUCAUAAUAAUUGGUUCCCUUGACCACUAAGUUUAUCUCCGGACAUGUUGCAAAAAUUUCUGACAGACAAACAACUUAAUGAUAUUGUGCAAAAAUAAUGGCGGUUGCAGUUGAUUGCCCUCAUUUUCAAUCAGCUGUUGUUAAUGUAACAUAACUCUUAAGCAAUGCAAAAUUAUACAGAUCAACUUACAGGGCCAGCCGCAAAACUAUUUGAUUUUGAAGCCCUGCGUAAUUCAUAAUUGCAAGGUUGAUUGUGUUUUGUUUAUUUGGCAGUGUUGUCAUUAACCCCAACACAAGCUGUGGAAUGUGUGACAACUGUUCAAAAGGACUACCUCAUUUCUGCAAAUUUGAGGGCGUCAAGGCCACUAUUGGGAUAAGGCGGAAUGGAGGAUGGGCCCAAUAUUGUAGAUUACCAGCUAAGAAUACAAUUCCAUUACCCCAUCAGCUAUCUUUUGAGCUUGGUUUAUUGAUUGAACCAAUGUCGUGUGUCGUCCAUGGAUGGGAUCGCCUGCAGCCAAUUUCAGCCGAUGCAGAAAUCUUAAUUUGUGGUGCUGGGUCUGUAGGUCUUCUCUUCAUGUGCUUAUUGUAUUUCAGAGGCUACCGAGAGGUUGUUGUCACGGAGCUGUUAAAAGGACGUCAAAGGAUAGCACAAAAGCUUAAUUUCGGCUUCCAAGUUGUGCACCCAGAAAUUUUGGUUUCUGAAGCUAGAAAUGCAAAAAAUGAAGGGGAUGAUGACUGGGGUUUUGACAUUGUCAUUGAUUGUUCAGGAGACCCAAAUUCACUUGAACAAGGGAUAAAAUGGUUGCGUCAAGGUGGUAAAUUUCUUCUUUUUGGUAUAUCACCCGCUGGGUCAGUAGCAAAAAUAGAUCCUCAUGAAGUGUGUCUCAAGGAACUUAAGAUAAUUGCUUCAAGGAUUAAUCCUUUUACCUUCACUUCAGCCAUGCAAAUAAUUCAGGACAUGGGAGAAAAAUACUUGAGCUUUGAAAAAUUAGGCAUGCGCACAUUUCAUUUGCAGGAAUUCACUGCAGCUUUGGAAAUACAACGUAGUGGAGAAAUUUCAAAAGCCGUGUUUGAAAAUUAAGGGAAAUGGAAGUUUUUGCUACAGCUAGUAAAACAAAAUUAAUGAUACAUGUGUUGGACUCUAGAAGUUCUAAUUAAUUUUAGCAUGUUAACAGAAACAGUGCCUGCACUAUCACUCCUAAUUUGAAAAGUAGAGGAUCGCACUUUUUUCAAGUUUUAUAAUAAUGUUAAUAUUAACGAUAAUAAUAUCAUAAUAUUUAGACCUUUCUGGAAGAAAACAAUUUCAUGUACUCUUGUGCUUCAACAUUAUGUUUUCAAAACUUAGACUCCCACAAGUUAGCGUGGUUGAACAACACAAGUCACUUUGACUUAAUGGAUGACCCAAGCAAAAGGAUUAGUCUUUAAAAUACAUUAAUGCUAUAAGUGCAUUAACAAUUAUGUCACUCUAUAAAAUACUAACUACUGGCUAAAGAUGUACAUUUAUUACUGUAAACAAGUCCUUGUUAAUAAAGUACAUGUA